UUUGACUUACCUGAGACUUGUAGGAGCGCACAUCUGCUCAAGACACCAACUAAGCUUUGCGAGUGUUCGGUUACAUAAGCAAGAACAGCAGAAAUCAGCCAGUUCAAUGUAGCCAUCCUGCUAGCACGAUCAUUAAAGCGGGAUUAUAGGAGCUCAUCAUCUCCCUAUGAACAGCAGAUUUAAGGAGUUCAGAAACCAUCAGGGACGAUGAGGAACUCUGGCGCCGUGCUGAUUUUGACCUUUAUUGCCAAAUUAAUAUCACAAGCAGCAGGUGUCAGUGCGCCAGGCAAACCCAGACUCACAAGCUGUCGCUCUCCAGAGAAGGAGACCUUCACAUGCUGGUGGGAGCAUGGAGAUGAUGGAGGUCUGCCCACAACCUACGCACUCUACUACCAUCUAGAAAACUCAGAAACGGUCUACGAGUGCCCAGAUUACAGAACGGCGGGCGAGAACUCGUGUUUCUUCAACAAAAACGACACAUCGCUUUGGGUCAACUACAACAUCACUGUGGUGGCCACCAAUGCCCUGGGGAAGAACAUUUCAGACCCUGUGGAGGUGGAUGUGGCCUAUAUAGUUCAACCAAACACUCCAGAGAACGUGACAGCAGUCGUGGUCGAUGACGACCAGGGUCCGUUCGUGAGAGUGUCCUGGGAGAAACCUCGAACCGCAGACACUCGCUCAGGGUGGAUCACGCUACUGUACCAGCUACGAGUUAAACAAGAAAAAGAUAAAGAAUGGGAGGAAUAUGAUGCUGGCAUGCAGAAGUACUACAAUGAAUGCAGUCUUCACCCUGAUAAAGAGUUCAUGGUGCAGGUGCGAUGUAAACCUGAUCAUGGGUUCUGGAGUGAAUGGACCCAACCCACCUACGUCAAAAUGCCCGACUAUAUACCCAGAGAGCGUUCGCUGUGGAUCAUGAUCACGAUAGUCUCUGUCUUCAUCAUCCUCAUCCUCACCUGGACUCUAAAUGUGAAACGAAACAGUGUGAAGCUUUGUUUGCUGCCUCCUGUUCCUGGACCAAAAAUCAAAGGAUUCGACAAACAAUUGCUCAAGAGCGGAAAGUCAGAGGAAGUUUUCAGUUCUCUGGUGAUCCAAGGUUUCCCUCCAACCAUCGAUUACGACGACUUACUGGUGGAGUACCUUGAGGUGUAUGACAAUGAGGAGCAAGAAUUGGUUCUGGACGGUAAAGAUCUAUCAGAGGUCUGCAUGAAGUCCAAAAGGCCGUCAGACUGCGACUCGGGCAGGGGAAGCUGCGACAGUCGCACUCUGCUUUUGGAGAAGUGCAUGGAGGGACGGGAAGGGAGUGGAAGCGAUCAACAUCAGUACAGCCAGCAUGGAGAAACGAGCUGCGCUUCUACUGAAAGCAGUGAAUGCCAGGGUCUCGAACCUGGUUCUCCAGAGUCCUCUGGAGAAGGACUCCAGAGGACUUGUGUUUUCGUCUCCGCAACCUCUGUUGUGUUUUCGUCUCCGCAACCUCACCACCAUUACCAAGUGGAAGCUGUGAAACCGGUCUACCACAGCGUCCCAGAGAUCCUCAACCAUUCAUCGCCACACGCAAUGCCAACCAACUACCACCAGCUACACCAUCAGGACAUGCCACAACAGGAGGGCCGCUUCAGUAAACCAGCCUGCCGACAUUCCCAAAGCUACAACCAGUUUAACCUGGAUGGCCUCGACACUCCUGCUCCUGGCGUAUCUCCGUCACGUUCUCUGGAAUAUGUGGAGGUGCAAAGGGUCAACCCGGAGAAUAUGCUACUGCUUAGGCCGCUUUCGGACCCAAACCGUGAACCUGAGGGGUCAGAUUAUGCUGGGGAGGACUACAGCAAGGUCAAAGAAGUAACAUCAAACAAUAUUCUGCUUCUGCAGAGGGAUACGUCCCAUCAGUGCGUGGACGAUUACAGCCAGGACUUGGACAGCCAGGCUGGUCAAUGCACAACCCAGCAACCGCCUCACCCCUGCAAACCUGUCAUCUACCAAUCGAACAGUGGGAUGCCACAGGAAGGCAUGAGGGUGAUGGGAAAUGGUUAUGUGGACUCAACAGUCUUAAUGCCAUCCUACUAGCGCAUAGUGGUCCAUUGCAAUGCAGCAAAAACAAUAAGCUGAACAUAAAACCUUGAGCAAAAAAAAGUGCUUUUCUCCCUCUCAGAUCUUGCUACGGUGAUUUAAUGAAGAGGAUUUAUAUUUAUAAAAAUAGUUAGCUUUAAUUAUAUUGUAUUAGCAAGAGCGUUAUGUUUCAGAGCUGAGGUCUGAACUUUUAUGUAAGCACUGUAAAGGGUCUUGAAAAUAAAUGUUCUUCAUUUGCUUUGAAGGUUCCAUGAAGAACCCUUUAACA